UCACUGUGCAGGGUGGGGGGGUGCCUUGGGGGUGCACAUGGUGUGGACCAGAAGGUUGUCUGAGGUGGUGGAAGGUGUUGCCAGAUGUGAGGAUGGUGAGGUUCAAACAAUGGUGUACAUGUUGGGAGGAGUGUGAACUGAUGGCUGUGAGGUUGUGUUUGGGAGGCCUGGGUCUGGACUACAUCAGAGAACUGACUGGCAGGGGAGUGUUGGGGGCCCUUCCUGCCAGACCCUUAGUUUACCUAGUAGCUAACUGCUCGCCUGCCUGCUCCUGCUCUGGGCUGGACUCUGAUCAGAGGAAUGUGAAGAGACAGCAGGCACUGGUGAUGCCAAGGCCUUGGAUCUCUGAGCUGAGAGACUGGGGAAGACAGGGACCCAGGGGUGCUCGGGUGAGCAGUGAGAUCUGGGGAGAGAUGCUAUACUGCCUGUGGGCUCAACUGUCCCCAUCACGGCAGGAUAGUGUGACCUUCGAGGACGUGUUCGUGUACUUCUCCUGGGAGGAGUGGGAGCUCCUUGAGGAGGCUCAGAGAUGCCUGUACCGUGAUGUGAUGCUGGAGAACUUUGCACUUUUGUCCUCACUGGGUUGCUGGUGUGAUGGCGACCACGAGGCAGCCCCUUCUGAGCAGAGUGCUUCUGUAGAAGUGUCGCGGGUCAGGACACCUCAGUCAGGUCCAUUUAUCCAGAACACCCACCUGUGUGAGGUGUGUGACCCACUCUUGAAAGACAUUUUGCCCCUAGCUGAGCACCAGGGAUCAUACUCCACGCAGGAACUGUACACAUGUGGUCCAUGUGGGAGAGUAUUCUUGUGCAGUGCAAUCUGUGACCAGCACCAGAAGCAGUAUGGUGGAGAGAAACCCUUUGGUGGGGCCUCUUUUGUGAAGAGCUGUGCUGUCCACACGUUGGGGAGACACUUUCCUUGCAGGGAGGACGGGAUAGACUUGCUGGACAGCUCUGACCUCUUCCAGCACCAGACCACUCACUGUGGGUUGAGUCCAUGCAAGAAGACUGAGCUCAUGGAGUCCUUUCCACUCAGCUCCAGCCUCAGGCACCAGCAGGGGAACCAGGAUGCACUGAUGCUUUUCAGUUGCAGUGAGGAUGGGAAAGCCUUCCUGAAUACCUUUACUCUGCUCGACAAGCAGAUAACUCAUACUGAAGUGAGACCCGUCAGAUGCCUGCCAUGUGGAAAUACAUCCAAGGAGAAAUCAGCUCUUAUUCACCACAGAAAAAUUCACAGUGGAGAAGCAGCACAUGUGUGUAAGGAGUGUGGGAAGGCAUUCAUUCACCUGUCCCACCUAAAAAUGCACCAGAAAUUUCACACCGGGAAAAGGCAUUAUACAUGCAGCGAGUGUGGCAAGGCCUUCAGCCGCAAAGACACGCUUGUUCAGCACCGGAGGGUCCACACUGGAGAACGGUCUUAUGACUGCAGCGAGUGUGGGAAAGCCUACAGCAGGAGCUCCCACCUUGUCCAGCACCAGAGAAUCCACACUGGAGAGAGGCCUUACAAGUGUGGUGAAUGUGGAAAAGCCUUCAGCCGCAAAGACACACUUGUCCAGCACCAGAGAUUUCACACUGGGGAGAGGCCUUAUGAGUGCAGUGAGUGUGGGAAGUUCUUUAGUCAAAGCUCCCACCUUAUUGAGCACUGGAGGAUUCACACUGGGGCAAGGCCCUACGAAUGCAUCGAAUGUGGGAAAUUCUUUAGCCAUAACUCCAGCCUCAUUAAACACCGGAGAGUCCACACAGGAGCCAGGUCCUACGUGUGCAGCAAAUGUGGGAAGGCUUUCAGCUGCAAAGAUACACUUGUCCAGCACCAGAUAAUCCACACUGGAGCAAGGCCAUAUGAGUGCAGUGAAUGUGGGAAGGCCUUCAGCCGCAAAGACACACUAGUGCAGCACCAGAAAAUCCACACAGGGGAGAGGCCUUACGAGUGCUGCGAGUGUGGGAAAUUCUUUAGCCACAGUUCCAAUCUUAUUGUGCACCAGAGGAUCCACACUGGAGCAAAGCCUUACGAGUGCAGUGAAUGUGGGAAAUGCUUCAGCCACAACUCCAGCCUCAUCCUACACCAGAGGGUUCACACUGGAGCGAGGCCUUACGUGUGCAAUGAGUGUGGAAAAGCCUACAUUAGCAGCUCCCACCUUGUUCAACACAAGAAAGUACACACAGGAGCAAGGCCUUACGAGUGCAGUGAAUGUGGGAAAUUCUUUAGCCGCAACUCCAGCCUCAUCCUGCACCAGAGGGUUCACACUGGAGAAAAGCCUUAUGUGUGCAGCGAGUGUGGGAAAGCCUACAGCAGGAGUUCCCAUCUGAUUCGGCACCAGAAAGUUCACGCUGGAGAAAGGCCUCAUGGUCGUGACAGUUUUGGUGGACCUUUGGUGGCAUCUCUUAAACUUGUUUAGCACCAGAAAGUUCACACUAGAGAAGGCCUUAUAAAUGCAGAAAAUGUGCUGUCUCCUUGUUCAUGCUCAGGACUCACACCAGAGGAAAGCUGUAUGAGUUUUGUGGUUCUGAGGGAGCCAUCGGCCUGCCAGUGAACCAUGUUUCAGCCAGCAUUUGUACAUACCUGAGAAACAGUCACUACAAAUAAGACAAUGAACGUGUCCAACAGUGACACAAGGGACUCCUUUAGAACCCUUUCCUCCCAGUUCUUUCUAAAACCAUUUCCCACAGUUCACAAGCAAUAGCAAGCAUUUUCAAGAAUUUUAUGUGAUAUACUUUCUGGGGAGUGGGGACUAUAGCAUUUUUCAUUAACCGUGACUAUUUUGAGAUUAAUCCGUCUUGUUACAUGUAUCAAUAAUUUGUUCAUUUGUGUACCGUUGGCUAUUCCAUUGUAUAGAUAUACUGCAGUUGUUUUCUGUUCAUUCAGAUGUUAGUGGAUAUUUGGGUUGUUUCCAAUUUUUGGCUAUUACAAAUAAAGCUGCUGUGAAGAUUUGUGGACAUGUUAUCACUGAAUGACAUUUCAUUGUGUGGAUGCACCACAGUUCAUCCAUUCACCUACUGAAUGGCCAGGGCUAUAGUUAGCAUUUUUCUUUUCAUUUAGUUCAAAAUAUUUAUGCUUUAAAAUUUUUUCUUGUAAUUUUUCCUUUAACCUAGAGGAUAUUUGUCAGUAUGUGGUUUUGCAUAGGAUCCUGGUCACUGAUGAGCUGUCUUUUGGGGCCUGAACACUCAUUGGCUGAAUUUUAGAGGCUUGUGAGUAUUUGCUAAUUUUCAGAAGCUGGGAGUUACUGGAAUGAGGCUGUUGCUGACUGCUGGCUUUCACAGGUCAUGUGAAGUUAGCUGUCAUCUUGGUGUCUUGUUCACGACUUUGGAAUUUGGCCAAAGAACAGUCAUUUCCUUUCCUGGGUAUGAAAAACAAGCACUUUGUUAGUCCUCUCUUUUGUUCUUCCCCAGCCAAACCUGCAGGGGACAUACCAUAAGGCAUAUCCCUAAGGUUAUUUAGGCGGAUGUGAUUUUGAGCUAGUGUUGCCACUAAGUGAUUUAACUGCCAAUUGCAGUGAGAGAAAAAAUUAGCUCUAACUACUGACUUUUUGUAAUUUUUUGUAAAAAACCAAAUACAGAAUAUUUAGGGCAUCCUGACAAUGUCAGUACAGGCAGGCCUAUGCCUUAUGUACUACUGUACCUGAAACCUGAGUGCUCAUUGAAUGUCGGUAGAUCAGUAAACAUACAACAGUACAACUUCGCUAUUCAUUUUUACCUUUCUGGCAACUCUUUAAAUGUAGUUUUUACCUUUCCCUUCAAGCUGUUAAUGUGCAAUGUUUUCAAGUAUUAAAAAUAAUCGCAUUUUAGGACAAAACCCUGAGUGAGGCCAAGGUUCCAGCAAGCCACUGUCUCAGCCUCAUUCUCUGACUUCAGACUCAGUGCCUCUCACUUGUCCCAUAUAUUUCUCUACAACCAUUUCUGUCACUUUCCUUGGAAAGUUACAAAAUCACUUAAUAACAUUUAGUAAUAGCCAUUUUAUAAGUGUUUUUCCAGAGAUAAGCUCAACUCCCUGGCAGACACUGUCGCUGCAAUUACCGCUGAAAUGAUAAACCACCUCCGAGCAACGAGGCGAGGUCAGAGCUACCCAAACCUUUAUCACAGG